UAAAAAAUAUAAAAUAUGAUCUGGCUAUAGAGACUGGUCUUACUUUAUUUUGUUACUGAUUCCCUUCAAAACCCAUCAUACAACCCACGAUACAACCCAAAAAUGAUCUUAAAAGAGAUAAGCCUUCUUUGUCUGAUUGUCGUUGGAAUUGAAUGUACAGUGCUUAACGUUGAUUAUUUUAAAUCGUACCAAUCGAAUUUUAUACCCCUCGGUAAUGAUACCAGAAUUGUAGGAGGUCAACCUGUAGAAAUAUCGUCGUACAGGUAUCAUGCCUCUUUCCAAUAUUGGCAUAGACAUAUCUGUGGAGCAGUUUUAAUCUCAAGUAGAUGGGUUUUGACAGCAGCUCAUUGUACCAGAGCGUUUACAAUACCUCCACCACGAUAUGCCUUUACAGUUCGAUUGGGAACAACAUUUCAGCAGAACGAAGGUUUUGUUUUUUCAAUUGCCGAAAUUAUCGACCAUCCCCAGUAUGUUCAAUCUACUAUAGACUACGACAUAUCUCUAAUGCGACUGGGUAGGGAGGCGACAUUUAGUAGCACUAUUGGACCCAUCCCUUUACCUACAAGAGACCAGGCUUUGGUACCUGGUUCAGUUUGCACUAUAACAGGUUGGGGUGCUUUAGAAUGGCGUGGCAUAACUCCAGCUGGAUUACAAAUGGUGCAAGUACCUUUAAUAAGCAAUGAAAACUGUAAUGAGUAUUAUCCAUCUACCAUACGACAACGCAUAACAGACAGGAUGAUGUGUGCCGGAUCUCCGUAUGGAGGAAGAGACGCUUGCCAAAGAGAUUCUGGUGGUCCAUUGGCAGUUGACGGAGUUCUGAUUGGCAUUGUCAGCUGGGGAUUUCAAUGCGCUGCGUAUCAAGCGCCUGGCGUUUAUGCCAACGUGGUAUUUUUCAGAGACUGGAUAAACGAACACACUGGACUUUAAGAAAUGAGUCCUUCCAACCAACAAAUGUACAUAUAUGUUUAAUUGUUAUGUUUAACUAUAUAUUAUUUUGAUGAUAUUGUAAUACCUAUUUAUUGUAAUGUAUCACUCUCAAUUUUACACUUAAAAUAAGUUACUUAUAU